UUCUCACGGUGCAUUUGCGUUUCUAAAUCUCCCAGAGGAGAGGACCACUCGACCCUUCCCUCUCAGCGCAACGAUUAAAUAUUUCCAUAGCUUUGCCGUGGUUAUCUGUGUAUGUCAAACGUCUGACCAGCGCAAGGGUAUUUGGGAGAGUCGCAGCGCUCCAAAACGUACGUAAAUAAACUCAGAAUCGCCGUGGCUCCCUGUCAUGCGCAAUGUUGCGUUACACUGCUGCCAUGUUGGAUCAAGCUGUCGAUGUUGCUGUCUGAGUUACGAUGAAAGUUUAGAUUUUUGAGACAGUGGGACACCAGAGCUAACUGGUUUUUUUUGGAAGUCGAAGGAACAUCUGCACCGUAUUUCAGACUCCCUGAACAAGUUAGGGAUUUUACGUUCACCUCGCUUCGUCCGCAACAAACCUGCACCCAUGAGAGGGUCCGGUUGCAGGCCACGGUGAUCAAUGACUGCCUGUCUCUAAUUUUCUCUCUUUUGGAGUUCACAGUAUUCUGUUUUUGAUUGACAAUUAAGUAUGAGUGGUCAUCCGCCGCCUCGGCGGCCAACGAAUGUCGGAUCCAUACUCCUUACCCCGCAAGAAAACGACAGUCUCUUCAAUCAUCUGGGCAGGAAAUGCAGCGUCAAUAUCACACCGGAAUUCUCCGUUAAAGAGGGAAGGGAUGCCGUUUGCAUGCUAACACAGAGGCUGGAGAGGGGAGCCUGUGUGGGGGCACAAAGACUCCUGCCACAUGGUGUUCCUGGAGCACAACAGCGAGGGCAGUUAGCUAACAACGCCACUGGAAAGGGCUUUGCUCCAUGUCCAUCUCCCACCUUGUGCUCUCUUCCUGCGGGCACACUCUCUGGCCGCCAACUGCCUCUGUUGAGUUGCAGACGCAGCAGCGGUGGUGCUGGAGCUGUGUUUGACCAGAUCCUGUUCGCAGGGCCCAAAUGUGCUAACAGGCCCCCAGUGUGGCGUAGCCCUCCACGACCCGUCAUUUGGGGCGCAUUCCUGAGCCGCAGCUCUUGGCAGGCUGGUGGAGGGCGGUCCGCUGGCCAGCGUUGCCUGGCACCGCUGCACUGCCUGGUGCUGCCGCAGGACGAGCUCUACGGGCCGCUGUCCGAGCCGGCCGCCCGCCUCUCGCUGCGCCGCGGAUGCUCCGCGCUGGACAUGGGCCACCUGCUGCUGGACCCGGCGAGCGACUCUCCGGCCAGCUCCUCCAGGUCCCAGAGUCCCGCUGGCACCAGCCCCGCCGCUUCACCUGUCUCCAGCACUGGCUCGCCAGCUGGGCACGAGAGCCGAGGACCUGCCUUGCCAAUGGCCACCGUGGACAUCAAAAACCCGGAAAUCAACAACAUGCGUUUCCAUAACAAUUCCCAGAUGAACAACAUUGUCCACAGCAACUUCAACAAGAAGGAGAAGAAAGCCAAGGGCAAACGGAAGAAACUGACCAAGGCGGACAUUGGCACGCCAAGCAACUUCCAGCACAUUGGACAUGUGGGCUGGGACCCAAACACAGGCUUUGAUUUGAACAACCUGGACCCUGAGCUGAAGAACCUCUUUGACAUGUGCGGCAUCUCGGAGGCCCAGCUCAAAGACAAGGAGACGUCCAAGGUCAUCUACGACUUCAUCGAGAAGAAGGGUGGCGUGGAGGCGGUGAAAAAUGAACUCCGCAGACAAGCCCCCCCUCCCCCACCCUCACGUGGCGGUGGCGGCGGCGCCCCCCCACCUCCUCCACCGCCCCACCACAGCGGCGGACCCCCACCCCCUCCACCUGCGCGCGGCCGCGGAGCGCCACCCCCUCCACCCUCCCGAGCCCCCUCCUCUGCUCCGCCGCCCCCUCCGCCCUCCAGACCGGGCAUGACCGCCCCACCUCCACCCCCUCCACCCUCCAGAGGGCCUCUGCCUCCCCCACCCCAGCCUGCCCACGCCUCCAUCGCUCCACCAGGGCCUCCCCCACCUCCCCCUCCCUCCUCCUCCUCUUCCUCUGCUGCCUCCUCUCCCUCCAUGGGUGGAGGAGGAGGAGGAGCGCCCCCUCCUCCACCACCACCCCCACCCCCACCGGGACCUCCACCCCCAGGGCCUCCCCCACCGCCUGAGAACGGCGGGGGGGAAGGGCUGGACUCACCCGGCACCGGGGGCAAGUCGGCGCUGCUGGAGCAGAUCCGUGGCGGCACCCAGCUGAAGAAGGUGGAGGCCAACAACAAGCCCGCCGCCACGUCUAUCGGCCGCGACGCACUCCUUGACCAAAUACGACAGGGCAUCCAGCUCAAGACUGUGACUGACGGCCCGGACUCGGCCCCGUCCGCUCCGGCCCCGUCUGCGGGCAUCGUGGGAGCCCUGAUGGAGGUGAUGCAGAAGAGGAGCAAGGCCAUCCACUCCUCUGAUGAAGAUGAAGAUGAUGAUGAAGAGGAAGACUUUGAUGAUGAUGAUGAAUGGGAUGACUAGUGACCCCCCCCCCCCCUUCCUAAGUAAUAAUGACACUAAAUUGCUCCUGUCUUUCUAAAAUCUUAUUCAAAUUAUAAUGUAAAUGUUCUAUCAGUUUUUUUCUUCUUCUGUAUAUUUUUGUUGCCUUUAAGCUUUUUUUUUAUCAUUAAUCUGUGCAAUACCUCAUUUAAUCUGUAAAGGUUUGUCAUCCUCUGUAAAGUUUUUUUUUUUUUCUUUAUUAACGUGCAAUUUUACAUCAAGUUUUUCUUGAUUUGUAGAGUUGAUUUUUUUUUUUUUUUUUUUUUUCAUCAGUUCAAAGGGAGAACUAUGGAUCAGAACUGAUGGAACCCUUAAUGUUGUAAUGUCAGUCAAAAGUGAAAACACUAUUUUCAUACCUUUAUUCUUCUGUACUCAAAAAUUUCUUUUUCUUAUCGAAAUCUAGUUUAGCACUAUUAUUUUUCUCGAGAAUCAGCUCUUUGGAAUAUCCAGGCCCAUUGCUGUUGAUGAAAUUGAUUUUUGUAAAUUUACUCAAGAGUAUGAGUCUGUUAUAUUUUUGCACGAAUUGAGAAGAUAAAAAAUGAAACAAAAAAAGAUAGCAAGAAGCAGAUAUCCACUACAUAGGAACAGGGCAAUAUCAUAACUGUAUUUAAACAACAAAGAAUUCUUCUCUGGAGCAACCCUUGAAAAUCCAUUAUGGGGGAAAAAAAAAAGAAAUUGAACACUACGCAAAAAUGCAACACUACAGCAUACCCGUAGGCCGUAACUCUAACUUUACAGGUGCAUACUUUUUUUUCUGUUUCUAUUUUUGUUUGUUUUGUUUAAUUUUUGUUUUGUUUUUAAAAAUUCAACACUAGCGUAUCGUCGAUGUCGUCAUGUAUAUCUUUUACUCCCCCACCCCCCGAAACUCGGAAGAGGAAUCAUGGGUCUUCAACGCUCUAAUCAGGGCCGCAUUCAAGUAAAUGAUCGGUGAACGAGGGAACAACGUCUCGGUGAUCUAUUUCUUUUUCUUUGUUUUUUUUUUUUUUUUUUUUUGUUUUAAUCAUGCCAACCUGCUGCAUUGUUACCUUAAUAAUUGAGUCACGUGACUAAUGGCCACUGCUCACAAACACUAGAUUAACCCUUUCAUUCCCCUAUGGGGCGCUAGCUUGGGGCCAUAGCUUGAUUCACUGACGUAACAUGCAGGGACGUGGCUACUGACAGACCGUGGGAACACUAGUAGCGACAAAUGCAGAAUGAUUUGUUUUGUUUUUUAUAUGCAGAGCAGUUGUUGUCUGAGUUUUAUCAAUUUCUCUUUCAGUUGUUCCUCAACAGGAAAUAGCUUUGCAUUAAGAAAACACACAGACAUCAGACUUUCAAACAUAGGUUGGAAAAAGAAUUAAGUCGUACACUCAAAUAAAUGUUAAUAUUUACAGA